AUGGCGGACCUGGAGGCGGUGCUGGCGGACGUGAGCUACCUGAUGGCCAUGGAGAAGAGCAAGGCCACGCCGGCCGCGCGCGCCAGCAAGAAGAUCCUGCUGCCCGAGCCCAGCAUCCGCAGUGUCAUGCAGAAGUACCUGGAGGACCGGGGCGAGGUGACCUUCGACAAGAUCUUCUCCCAGAAGCUGGGGUACCUGCUCUUCCGAGACUUCUGCCUGAAGCACCUGGAGGAGGCCAGGCCCCUGGUGGAGUUCUACGAGGAGAUCAGGAAAUACGAGAAGCUGGAGACGGAGGAGGAGCGGCUGGCCUGCAGCCGGGAGAUCUUCGACACCUACAUCAUGAAGGAGCUGCUGGCCUGCUCGCACCCCUUCUCGAAAAGCGCCACCGAGCAUGUCCAGGGCCACCUGGCGAAGAGGCAGGUGCCUCCGGAUCUCUUCCAGCCGUACAUCGAGGAGAUCUGUCAGAACCUGCGGGGGGAUGUGUUCCAGAAGUUCAUUGAGAGCGAUAAAUUCACUCGGUUCUGCCAGUGGAAGAAUGUGGAGCUCAACAUUCACCUGACCAUGAACGACUUCAGCGUGCACCGCAUCAUCGGCCGCGGCGGCUUCGGCGAGGUCUACGGGUGCCGGAAGGCCGACACGGGCAAGAUGUACGCCAUGAAGUGUCUGGACAAGAAGCGCAUCAAGAUGAAGCAGGGGGAGACGCUGGCCCUGAACGAGCGCAUCAUGCUGUCCCUCGUCAGCACCGGGGACUGCCCGUUCAUCGUCUGCAUGUCCUACGCGUUCCACACGCCCGACAAGCUCAGCUUCAUCCUGGACCUCAUGAACGGCGGGGACCUGCACUACCACCUGUCCCAGCACGGCGUCUUCUCCGAGGCCGACAUGCGCUUCUACGCGGCCGAGAUCAUCCUGGGCCUGGAGCACAUGCACAACCGCUUCGUGGUCUACCGGGACCUGAAGCCCGCCAACAUCCUGCUGGACGAGCACGGCCACGUGCGCAUCUCGGACCUGGGCCUGGCCUGCGACUUCUCCAAGAAGAAGCCCCACGCCAGCGUGGGCACCCACGGGUACAUGGCCCCCGAGGUGCUGCAGAAGGGCGUGGCCUACGACAGCAGCGCCGACUGGUUCUCCCUGGGCUGCAUGCUCUUCAAGCUGCUGCGGGGGCACAGUCCCUUCCGGCAGCACAAGACCAAAGACAAGCAUGAGAUCGACCGCAUGACAUUGACAAUGGCCGUGGAGCUGCCCGACUCCUUCUCCCCCGAGCUCCGCUCCUUGCUGGAGGGGCUGCUGCAGAGGGACGUCCACCGGAGACUGGGCUGCCUGGGCCGAGGGGCCCAGGAGGUGAAGGAGAGCCCCUUCUUCCGCUCGCUGGACUGGCAGAUGGUCUUCCUGCAGAAGUACCCGCCCCCGCUGAUCCCCCCGCGAGGGGAGGUGAACGCCGCCGACGCCUUCGACAUCGGCUCCUUCGAUGAGGAGGACACGAAAGGCAUCAAGUUACUGGACAGCGACCAGGAGCUCUACCGCAACUUCCCGCUCACCAUCUCCGAGCGGUGGCAGCAGGAGGUGGCGGAGACCGUCUUCGACACCAUCAACGCCGAGACGGACCGGCUGGAGACCCGCAAGAAGACCAAGAACAAGCAGCUGGGCCACGAGGAAGACUACGCCCUGGGCAAGGACUGCAUCAUGCACGGCUACAUGUCCAAGAUGGGCAACCCCUUCCUGACGCAGUGGCAGCGGCGGUACUUCUACCUGUUCCCGAACCGGCUGGAGUGGCGGGGCGAGGGCGAGGCCCCGCAGAGCCUGCUGACCAUGGAGGAGAUCCAGUCGGUGGAGGAGACGCAGAUCAAGGAGCGGAAAUGCCUCCUCCUCAAGAUCCGCGGUGGCAAACAGUUCGUGCUGCAGUGCGACAGCGACCCGGAGCUGGUGCAGUGGAAGAAGGAGCUGCGGGACGCCUACCGCGAGGCCCAGCAGCUGGUGCAGCGCGUGCCCAAGAUGAAGAACAAGGCGCGCUCGCCCGUGGUGGAGCUGAGCAAGGUGCCGCUGGUGCAGCGCGGCAGCGCCAACGGCCUCUGA